CUGGACAAGCAGCGCCCCCUGCUGUUGCAGCCCCUGUCCUGCACCGCUACACGGCAGCACCAACAGCAGCAGCAGCAGCAGCAGCGUCUCUCCUGUCACGGCCGGGACUGCCUGUCCGCAAAGGCAGUGUUCACAGCAAUAAACCCUCACACGCAGAGACCGACGACCCCGCAGACAAAAUGGUGAACUUCACGGUGGAUCAGAUCCGGGCCAUCAUGGACAAGAAGUCCAACAUCAGGAACAUGUCUGUGAUUGCCCACGUGGAUCAUGGGAAGUCCACUCUGACUGACUCGCUCGUGUCCAAAGCGGGGAUCAUUGCUUCGUCCCGUGCCGGAGAGACCCGCUUCACAGACACCCGCAAGGAUGAGCAGGAGCGCUGCAUCACCAUCAAAUCAACGGCCAUCUCUAUGUACUAUGAGCUUGGGGAAAACGACCUGGCGUUUAUCAAACAGAGUAAAGAUGGUAACGGCUUCCUCAUCAACCUGAUUGACUCUCCGGGUCAUGUUGACUUCUCCUCAGAGGUCACAGCUGCCCUCAGGGUAACAGAUGGAGCCCUGGUGGUUGUGGACUGUGUCUCAGGUGUGUGUGUGCAGACUGAGACUGUACUGCGGCAGGCCAUCGCUGAGCGCAUCAAGCCGGUUCUGAUGAUGAACAAGAUGGACCGCGCCCUACUUGAGCUCCAACUGGAGACAGAUGAGCUCUUUCAGACCUUUCAGCGUAUCGUGGAGAAUGUCAACGUCAUUAUCUCCACCUAUGGAGAGGAUGAGGGGGGACCCAUGGGGAACAUCAUGAUUGACCCUGUUAUCGGUACAGUUGGGUUUGGCUCUGGCCUCCAUGGCUGGGCUUUCACCUUGAAGCAGUUUGCUGAGAUGUAUGUGGCUAAGUUUACAAAAGGACAUGCUCAGCUGGGAGCAGCAGAGAGGUGUAAGAAAGUGGAGGACAUGAUGAAGAAACUGUGGGGAGACAGAUAUUUUGACCCAAGUGCUGGCAAGUUCAGUAAGACUGCCGUCGGUCCUGAUGGCCAGAAGCUUCCCCGCACCUUCUGCCAGCUUGUUCUGGACCCCAUCUUUAAGGUGUUUGAUGCCAUCAUGAAUUUCAAGAAGGACGAGACAGCCAAACUAAUUGAGAAGCUGGAUGUCAAAUUAGACUCGGAGGACAAGGAGAAAGAGGGGAAGCCUCUGCUGAAGGCUGUGAUGCGCCGUUGGCUUCCUGCUGGAGAGGCUUUGCUCCAGAUGAUCACCAUCCACCUGCCCUCACCCGUCACUGCACAGAAAUAUCGCUGUGAGCUGCUUUAUGAGGGGCCGGGAGAUGACGAGGCUGCCAUGGGUAUUAAGAACUGUGAUCCCAAGGCACCUCUGAUGAUGUACAUUUCCAAGAUGGUCCCAACCAGCGACAAGGGUCGUUUCUACGCCUUCGGCCGUGUGUUUUCUGGCUGUGUGUCCACUGGACUGAAGGUUCGCAUCAUGGGGCCAAACUUCACCCCAGGAAAGAAGGAGGAUCUUUACAUUAAACCCAUCCAGAGAACCAUUCUGAUGAUGGGUCGGUAUGUGGAGCCUAUUGAAGAUGUCCCAUGUGGCAACAUUGUGGGUCUUGUUGGAGUAGACCAGUUCCUGGUUAAGACAGGGACCAUUACCACCUAUGAACAAGCCCACAACAUGAGAGUGAUGAAGUUCAGUGUGAGCCCUGUGGUCAGAGUUGCCGUGGAGGCCAAGAACCCUGCUGACCUGCCCAAGCUGGUGGAAGGGCUGAAGCGUCUGGCCAAGUCUGACCCCAUGGUGCAGUGCAUCAUCGAGGAGUCCGGGGAGCACAUCAUCGCUGGAGCAGGAGAGCUGCACCUGGAGAUCUGCCUGAAGGACCUGGAGGAGGACCACGCCUGCAUUCCACUGAAGAAAUCAGACCCAGUCGUGUCUUACAGAGAGACAGUGAUGGAAGAAUCAGACCAGAUGUGUCUGUCAAAGUCCCCCAACAAGCACAAUCGUCUCUUCAUGAAGUGUCGCCCCUUCCCCGACGGUCUGGCUGAAGACAUCGAAAAGGGGGAGGUCACCGCUCGACAGGAGCUGAAGGCUCGUGCACGCUAUCUCGCCGACAAGUACGAGUGGGAGGUGACAGAAGCCAGGAAGAUCUGGUGCUUUGGCCCAGACGGGACUGGAGCCAACCUGCUGAUAGACAUGACAAAAGGUGUUCAGUACCUCAACGAGAUCAAGGACAGCGUGGUGGCCGGUUUCCAGUGGGCAACUAAAGAGGGGGCUCUGUGUGAGGAGAACAUGCGCGCAAUUCGCUUUGACAUUCAUGACGUGACUCUACAUGCAGACGCCAUCCACCGUGGCGGAGGACAGAUUAUUCCCACAGCUCGUAGGGUCCUGUACGCCUGCCAGCUCACUGCUCAGCCCCGACUCAUGGAGCCUGUGUACUUGGUGGAGAUACAGUGCCCCGAGCAGGUGGUCGGUGGCAUUUAUGGGGUGUUGAACAGGAAACGAGGUCACGUGUUUGAGGAAUCCCAAGUGAUGGGCACUCCCAUGUUUGUGGUGAAAGCCUACCUCCCUGUCAACGAGUCCUUUGGGUUCACAGCUGAUCUGCGCAGUAACACUGGAGGCCAGGCCUUUCCUCAGUGUGUGUUUGACCACUGGCAGAUUCUCCAGGGAGACCCCCAUGACCCCGCCUCUAGACCCUUCCAGGUUGUCGCUGAAAUUAGGAAACGCAAGGGUCUGAAAGAGGGCAUUCCUGCCCUCGACAACUACCUGGACAAACUGUAAACACUGACCCGGAGUAUAAAAUACCAAAUCAAUCUCUAAACCCUACCCCAUGGGCACUUUAAAAUCUUUGCACAGGCUUAAAGAUACAUCACACAAAUUAUUUUGACUUUGAGUCAGAGCAGAAACAAAGCUUAAGCUUUUGUUGUAGGCUAGUAUAAGCAACAAUGCUUUUUUUCAUUUCACAGCUACAGUACACCAAGUGCCUAGGGCGAGGGUUUUGGGGAACAAUUGGAUCAAAGCAGUUGUAUUUCGUUCCUUCUAUUUCUCCACAUCUACCCACCACCACCACCACCUCAUCUGCAAGGAUGGGCCUGUACAGUGCACUGUGAUACUGCUGCAAUAAUGCAUAGGAUAUUUAAAUGGCUCAUGGCCAGACACAAACCAUGGAAACCAUAAUAGUGUUAUGUAAGUCAAACUUACUGGAUUGGACAUUUGUUCAGUGGAUGUAAUUAAUAAAACUCAUGAUGAAAAUAA